UCUACCUCCGGCACCACUUUAUAUGCGUACGGAAUGUAUUCAUCUAAUUAAUCUACCAUUGCACUACCCAUCCUUACAACAUCAUCACCUAUUCUAUUCCUAAUCUCAUCCCAACCAUGACGUCCCUCCUCAAACCCUUUCACCAGGGCACAUCAGCCAUCUGCACAAUACCCAGAACCAAAAUCCGCAUUAAUCCGCAUCAUGUCAGAAUGGCAAGCAGUACUGCAGUAACGAGAGACUAUGGAAAAAGAACGGCAAUUGUUACUGGAUCCGCGAGGGGAAUGUAGGAUUCGAAUUCCUACCAUUGUGAAAAUUAUCAAUGGGUUAACUUAAGUAAUAGAGGUAAAGCCAUCGCGAUUAGAUUAGCUGAAGAUGGUUUCGAUGUUUGCAUUAAUGAUAUUUCGGCAAAUCAAAAGGGUAUUGAUGAGGUUGGUUUCUCGGCUGGCGGAAUCUUCCUUUUUUUUUAUAAUAGGAGAAUAGGAGAGAAUAGUAUACUAAUAUGAUUAAAGACGGUGAAAGAGAUACAGAAUCUGGGACGAGCAUCAUACGGUCACGUAGCAGAUGUUUCUAAACGUGUCGAAGUGGAAGGUUUGGUCGAAGCGUCAGUUAGGAAUCUGGGGAGUUUGAAUGUCAUGGUUGCGAAUGCUGGGAUUGCGCAAGUCAAAUCACUUUUAUCGCUCUCUGAAGAUGAGGUUCGGAGAAUGUUCGAUGUGAAUGUUUUUGGUGUUUUCAAUUGUUAUAGCGCCGCUGCCAAACAAAUGAUUAAACAGGGUGGAGGUGGAAAGAUAAUAGGUGCUGCUAGGUAUGUUCAGCUGAAGAGGAAUCCCCGCGUGGUUUAUUGAUUAUUUUUAUAGUAUUGUUGCUUUUAAACCAUUUGCCAUGCUCUCACACUACAGUGCUUCGAAGUUCGCCGUAAGAGGCUUCACUCAAGCAUUUGCUACGGAAAUGGCAGAACAUCAGAUUACUGUUAAUGGUUAUGCACCUGGGAUAGUGGGGACAGCCAUGUGGGAUUUGAUAGAUGAGGAGCUUGGGAAGACAAAAGGUGUUGAGAAGGGAACGACUAUCAAGAAGUAUACUGAUGAACUUAUCUUGUUGGGAAGAACGAGUGUUCCUACAGACGUAUCGAAAUGUGUUAGUUAUUUGGCGAGUCCUGAUAGUGAUUAUAUGACGGGACAGACUUUGAUUAUUGAUGGUGGAAUCAUUAUGAAUUAAUACCUUUGUAGUAAUUAAUCUGCGCAUUGCUUGUUUUCUGGAAAAAUGAAUAAGUAUUUACCUUUGAUCA